AGAGAGAAGAAGAAACGUGACAGGGCAUGACUUUGUCAAGCUUGUUUUGAGCAAAAUAUUUUGCCAUUCACCUGAAUCGAUGAACUGCCUCGCCACCAAAAUGUCUCUUCUCAGAGCCGCCAGACUCAACGUAAACACUCACGUGUUGUGUAGAAAUAUUAUAGCGCGGUUUGCAUCCAGUCAUACCGAUGGAGAGACGCGGAUCAAGCGAAUAUUACAAGAGAAGUUUCCCCACGCUUCGUCGCUCAAAGUUGUGGAUAUAUCCGGAGGUUGUGGUGCAAUGUAUGAAAUACACAUCGAGUCUGAUGAAUUUAGAGGAAAGAGAACAGUUCAACAGCACCAAUUAGUAAAUCAGGCUCUGAAAGAUGAAAUUAAAGCCAUGCACGGUCUGCGCAUAUUCACUGAUGUUCCUGGAAAGUAAAUGAUUCUCACAUCAUGUUUGUCAUUGUUAUCUCACUGCAACAAUAUAGUACACACUUCAAUCUGUCUUUUUUUGUUGUUAAAUUAUACAGAUUUAUAAUAGUGUUUGAUGCCAGGCAAAUGCUUUAUAUAUUUUAUGAAUGGAUAUGGUCCACAAAUCCUGUAAUGCGCACAAAAUAAAAUAACUGUGUUUUUGUCCUGUAAAUGAGUAUGUGUAAGAAUUUGUCAUUGAAAGCCAUUCAAAUAUAUCUCUGCUCAUUUCUCUGUUAACUUGUGUGGCACAAGCCUAAUGUAUUGUUUUGUAUUAUGUGUCAAACUCAGACAUACUUAUUAAAUAGGUCAGUGUUUCAUUGCUUUUUA